AUGGCUGAGCGGUGGCUAGCAUUCGACGAGAGAGACUUCAUUACUGGUAUAAAUGAUGGGUCACUGGCCUAUCGUCUCCUUGGAGUCGCAAACUGCGUCUCAGUCAAUAAGACCGUACCUCUAGGAAGUUCGGACGGCGAGCCUAGUCCGGGGCACAUGCGCGAAUUGGCGCACGCGCUGAGGCUCCAGGGACAAGUCGAUGUAUUUACCCAAAACACGACUGACCCUUUUUCCGUUGCGUCCGGCGCUGUGGGUGUUGUCUCGCUCGGCUUAACCGUCUGUCAAGGACUUCUGCAAUACUACAGCUCGUGGAGGCAUGCUCAGAAAGAUGUCGACGCAAUGUGCGCUUCAUUGAAAGGACUUACCAAGACUUUCCGGCUAGUCAAAAUUACGAUAAAGGAUCGUAAGUUCAAUCAACCAGUCAUCGAUCGAGUUACUGCAAGCAUAGAUCUGUGCGAGACUGGCGUUGAUGAGCUCGAUGCAAAGCUACUAAACGUCAAAAUGAUUCCAGUCAAAGGGAAUGGAGACCAGAUUCACGGGCAAAACUGUCGAGCACUCUACCCCUUCAGAGAGAGCACGCCCUUGAAGUUACGAGAGAUGAUUUCCGAUCUUCGAGACAGCUGA